AUGAAUAGACGUUUACCGAGCAAUUUAAACUCACUACUUCUUAGGUGUUCAAACGCUUCUCCUAACAUACCUUCGAUAUCUCUAAUUUUUCAUCAUCAAUAUCAUUUACCUUCAUUUAAAUAUAAUCAAAACAGUGGCUUCCCUAAUAAUAAUAAUAUAAUAUCCAAUACUCAACUAUGUACUAUAAUUUCAACUCGUUCACUUACCUAUUUACAUGCAGGUAAGAGAAUCAAUGGGUUGAAAAGAGAUCCUUCAAGUUUUUUAAUUAAUCCACAUAAUUUGGUUUAUACAGACCUAAAUGAUGACAAUUAUUAUAAUAAAAUAAAAGAAUCCUUAAAUUUAGAAGCUUAUAAUAUUGGGUUAACAAACGACCUACUAUUACAAAUAUUCACUCAUAAAUCAUUUGCACAUGGCCAAAAAGCCUAUAAUGAAAAAUUUCAACUAUUAGGUACACAUUUUUUAAAAUAUUAUACUUCGGUAUAUACAGUUACACAAGUUUCAAAUGACCAGGAUCAAAAUCAAUUAAAAUUCAAUAGAUUAGGAAGUCUAAGAUCAAAAUUAUUAAUUGAUAAAACAGUUUUAUCUAAAUUUAUUGAAUUAAGAAAAUUAAAUGAAUUUAUUUUUUGGAAACUAAGAAAUCCAUUAAAAGAUUUAAGUUAUAAUGGUUCUGACAAAGUUUAUUCUUCCGUUAUAACAGCUUUGGUUGGUGGUAUUUUAUUGACAAAGGGUGAUAAGAAAGCAAUAGAAUUUAUUAAUGGCGAAUUUUUAAAUGAUAAUUCUAAUGAAUCAACUUUAAUCUCUAUUGUUAAUGAUAAAAAUUAUAAGAAAUAA